CAAAUCAACGGCGUUCUCUUCUCCUUCAUUCCGAUCUUCGGCCAAGGGAAAGAAUUUCAGAGAUUCAAUCCACCUGAUCCCUAACUCGCUUAAUUCAUCAUCACAAUCCACUGAAGCCUUUCACCUUCUCUUUAUUCUUGUAGCUAUGGGAAGGAGAAGAGAGCGGCGCCUGGCAGCUCUCAGUAACGCCGGCCGCCGUGUCAAACUCGAUCUUUUCGCCGAGCCCUCCGGAGAUUUAGAUGGCUCUGAUGUACAAGAAGAAGUUGGCGGGGAUAUAGAUUCAAGAGAGACGACCAAGUUACCGAAAUCAGCAUCCUCUUCAGGCCACCAAGCACAAAAUCCCUUGCUGUUACUUGAGCAAUAUAGUGACGAUGAAGUUGAUGAGGACUUGGAUACAAAUUCAGAUCAUGAUGGGCAAGAUGCUUUGUUACCUGACCGAACGGAUGAGGUUUCUGCUGAGGGAUGUGAGAAAAUGGAUGCAAAGGUCAGUGAAGAUCUCAUCGCUCAAACGGCGGUCCAAGAGGAAUCAGAGCGGGAUUCUGUUGAAUUUUCUGAGAACCUAGAGAGCAAAGAUGAAGGAAAAACUGAUACUAAUAACUUGGGAUAUUUAAGCAAGGAAACUGAUUUGGUUCAAACGUCUGUACCGGCCUCCUCUGAUGUACAAGUCGUAGGGGACGUUAUUUCAGGAUGGAGGAUUGUUAUGCAUGAGGAGAGCCAUAAUUAUUAUUAUUGGAAUGUUGAAACUGGGGAAACUUCAUGGGAAGUACCUGAUGUUGUUUUGGCUCAGGCUCAGCCUACUCAAUCGACCACUGAUAUUAAAACCUCUCCUACACAAUUUCCAGAGAACGUUACAGUCUUUAAACACGAAUAUUGCUUAGCUAACGGUGGGAAGUUAGAUUUGUUUUCAGCAGAAAGCACAGGUUACAAGAAUGGUGCUCCAGUAUGUGCAAGUCAGGGUUCUGAGGUUGACCAAAGCUAUGCUGCCUUCAGUACUUGUUCAAAUGAUGUGAAUAUAGCAAAAGCUGGUUCCGAGAUCUAUGUUGAUUACACGAUGACUCAUGAAGAAUCGAAGUCUGGGUUGGAUCUUCCUUCGCAUCUUCUGAACUGGAGUGCUAGCUUGUUAGAGAGAUUGAAAUCAUUACAAAAGUCUGGGGGUCAUGAUUGGACAUCAGAGUACAUACAGGAAACUCAGAUAAGACUCGAAGAUUUGAAGUCGCUGAUGCCCUAUAAGACAUCUUUGCUACCAUUCUGGGAACACUCAGCAAGGAAGCUUAAACAGAUUGAAGAUGACAUUAACAAAGAAAUUUAUCAGACUGCUGCUGUAUCGUCGCAAUUGGAUGAAGCCAAGGCUACGAACGUUGGGUCUGAAGUCGAGAGAGUGGCUUGUGGUGGUUAUGCUUCGGAGCAUUCUCAUUUGCGUACUGUCAUUGCAAAUGGAGAGAAUAUUUCAUCGUCUAAUGCAAUCGAACACUUUGGAAACACUACUGCUGUGAUUGAGCAGGUAAGUGAAGUUGUAAUUGACGAAAUGGCUUCCAAGAGUGGUGUACAUUCUGUGGAAGAUGUUGACAUGGAGGUAGAUAUGGAAGUUGAAGAUGCGAGUUCUGCAGGUAACUUGAUGGUGACUGGUACGUCCGAUAUGUCCGUUGUUAAGUCGUUUACUUCCUCUGAGCAACUGCUUCUGCCAGAUCCACAAGCCCAGCCAAAUCUUUCUUCUGGAUAUGAAUCCAUAGUGCCAGAGGAUAGCUCUAUGGUGCCACCACCACCAGAUGAGGAAUGGAUCCCCCCACCACCACCUGAUAAUGAAGAUAUUCCUCCACCGCCACCUGAUGAGCCAGCUGAACCAUUUUAUCCUAUGCCUCCAUCUUAUACCCAACUUGGCCAGCCUCCUUGUUACACCGAACCAUAUCAAGUGUCUUAUCCUGAUUCUAGUAUUAAGUAUUAUACACAUCCUGUCCCUGAAGCCAUUCUUAGUGCAAACUUUUAUGGACAUCCAGAAGCAUGUAACGUUGUUUUGGCUCAAGCACCAUUCUACUAUGAGGCAGUUCCCAAUUCACAUACUGAUUCUUCUCCUGUAGUUGUAAAUGGUGUCGUGCCUGAAAGUUACGGUAUUCUUCAAGAUGCAACAACCUGUCUUCCCGUCUUUAGCACCGCAGAGCCUUCUCAGUUGCAUGUUGAUGUCUCAUCUGUGAGAUUUGAGCCUUCUUCCUCUAUUCAAUGUAGAUCUUCUGAUAUAGCGAAUAUGAAUACUGCUUCUUCCACGGAUGAAAUUGACAAGGGACGAAAAGAGAUCGCAUCAGUCUCCUUCCGAUCUACUUCGGGCUCACCAACUAAUGAUGUUCUGCCUACAUCUAAAGCUGUUACUGAUUCUUCGGCUGUUGCUAAUACAUCUACAGUCUCCAAGGUUCAACCAAAAGCUCCGCGCAGUAAAAAGCAGACCGUCACGGUUGCCCCCUCCUUGAGAUCUAAUAAGAAGGUUUCCAGUUUGCUGGACAAGUGGAAAGCCGCUAAGGAAGAACUUGAAGAUGAGGAAGAACCCGAAAAUGCGUACGAGAUUUUAGAGAGGAAACGAGAACGGGACAUAAAGGAAUGGCAUGCACAGCAGGUUUCCAGUGGGGAUGCAAAAGAAAACGCCAACUUUCAGCCUCUUGGGGGUGAUUGGCGUGAGCGGGUAAAGCGAAGGAGAGCUCAAUCGUCGAGCAAAGUUACUCAAUCCCCAGCUGAAGCAUCAGUGGAUGGAAACCAGCAGCCUGACCUGGCAGAAAUCUCAAAAGAUCUCCCCUCAGGGUGGCAGGCAUAUUGGGACGAGUCUUCAAAGCAGAUGUAUUAUGGUAAAGUUAAGACCUCGGAAACGUCGUGGACAAAGCCGAGCAAGUGAAGUGACGUUUAUGUUAGUUUUGUAGGGGGAGGCUUAGGAUAAAAUAUAAUGGGAAGUAGCUGCUGAUGGCAUUGUAUAGUUUUUAUCAGUCUGCUAACUUGUUGUUGUUGUUGUGAGUCACAAUUGAGAAGAGGAACAUGGCAAAGCCUCCAAUUUUGGUGAUUGAUAGUUCAAUCAAAUUGUCAUUUACCCAUCUCUGGGAUGGUUUGUCCUGUAAUAGGCUUUCACUUACAUUCUUCACUUGCUUGCACAAGCCAUUUUUUUGAAAAAAA